AUGGACCCGAAUAUGUCGCGCCCACCAGACUACAGCCUCCCGCCUUACGAUGACGAGGACCUUCACCACACGCCUACCGGUUACAGUCCCGCUGCUGUGAGACUGUUGACAUCCGAGGAACACUACGACCCUCAACCUCAGACGUAUGUACAACCUUCAUCCCCCAGCCAGAAUCACAACCAGAUUCACACUCCCUCUACACGCCCUAUUUCUCCUAUUUCUCCUGCCUCUGCUUCGCCUUCAAAGUCAACACCUUUUCCCCUCAUGGCACCAGUAGAGGUUCCUCCCCCAUUGUUCACUUCACCUUCGAAUCUCAGCAUGUCUUCAGAAGCAGGAGAACGGGCUCAUAGGCCUGAACCUGAUCGGCAAGAUGAGACUCAAAUAACAGUGCACAAUGAGGAACAAGACCAGCCUUCACCCAAUCCUCCUUCGUAUUCACUCUCUGUGGCCGGAUCCCAAUCCCUCUUGCCAAACAGGCCAGUUGAGGGCGGCCCAGCUGCAAAGUUGCAGAACAAGAACAGAAACAGUAUCCAUGUCGCCUUCGCAGAUUUACCUACGGAUCUACCAGAGAUUCCCGAGGGGAUUAGCGAAAGACGUAGGGUCCACAAAGAACAUCAACACCUUGGCUUAGAUGCCAACCCAACUGUUCCUCCUCGCCCUAUCAGCCGCUUGAAGAACGCAAACUCACAUGACAAAAUUCCCAGUAUCCGAAGUCCUCGAAACCUCCACUAUCAGCCGAGCGUUCGAUCAUCGAGAUCUGGUUCCAUCUUCGAUGAUGCCCCAUCACUGGGGCCCCCGGGAGGAGGAUCCUACAUGUCCUAUGACUCGCGUGGCUAUGAUGCUCAGGAUUAUGGCUCUCCUCAGCGGCCAUGGACGCCCUCCUCUCGUAUGUCUGACUUCACCAGAUCCGAUCUCUCGAGACCUCCACCAAACCACGACAUGUACGAGCCUUCCGAUUUGAACGGAAGCCCCAGACCUGGAACACCUUCAUCGAGAUACGGCGGAAGUCCACGGCGACCUCUUCCUCCUGCACCUCUUUUCCACAGCUCGAGACAACCUGUUCCACCAUUUGCAGAUGACGCGACUGUUUCUAUCCCCUUGCACGAUCCUAUGGACGACGAUGUCUUCGGACCUGAAUCCGACCUGAGCGAUGCCCGACCCCAUCCGGUUGACCGCAGCUCCUACCUUUCUGCGGAGUCCCAAGACACUCUAAAUGAAGGAGAUCCCGACGAUUGGGACAAGGUCGAGCACUAUGGCCCUGCUCCAAGCGGUGCCCAGGAACGAAGAGGUGUUCGCGCUCCUCAAAUGGCAAGGAAAGAGGUUCAGCUCAUCAAUGGUGAGCUGGUGUUGGAGUGUAAGAUUCCGACAAUUCUGUACAGUUUCUUGCCUCGACGUAGUGAGAUCGAAUUCACUCACAUGCGUUAUACCGCUGUCACUUGCGAUCCCGAUGAUUUUGUCGAAAGAGGCUACACCCUACGACAAACCUUUGGCAAGACAGUUCGAGAAACCGAAUUGUUCAUCUGUGUUACCAUGUACAACGAAGAUGAGAUCGGUUUCACUCGAACCAUGCACGCCGUUAUGAAGAACAUCUCGCACUUCUGCUCCCGUACGCGCUCUCGUACUUGGGGUGAGACUGGAUGGCAGAAAAUCGUUGUCUGUAUUGUUUCAGAUGGUCGUGAAAAGAUCAACCCUCGUACUCUGGACGCUCUCGCUGCUAUGGGUGUCUAUCAGCACGGUAUCGCAAAGAACUUUGUCAACAACCGUGCUGUGCAGGCUCACGUUUACGAAUACACCACUCAAGUCUCUCUCGACUCCGAUCUCAAGUUCAAGGGUGCUGAGAAAGGAAUUGUUCCUUGUCAGAUGAUUUUCUGUCUUAAGGAAAAGAACCAGCGUAAGCUCAACUCUCAUCGUUGGUUCUUCAACGCCUUCGGCCAGGCUCUCAACCCUAACGUCUGCAUCUUGCUUGAUGUUGGUACUCGUCCUAGUGGUACUUCGCUCUACCAUUUGUGGAAGGCUUUUGAUACCGAUUCCAACGUCGCUGGCGCAUGUGGAGAGAUCAAGGCUAUGAAGGGCAAAAUGGGUCUUAACCUACUCAACCCCCUUGUUGCCUCUCAGAACUUUGAGUACAAAAUGUCCAACAUUCUUGACAAGCCCCUCGAGUCUGUCUUCGGCUACAUUACCGUCUUGCCUGGUGCUCUUAGUGCCUACCGAUACCACGCGCUUCAGAACGACGAGACUGGCCAUGGCCCUCUCAGUCAAUACUUCAAGGGUGAGACUCUGCAUGGACAACAUGCCGAUGUUUUCACUGCCAAUAUGUAUCUUGCGGAAGAUCGUAUCCUUUGUUGGGAGUUGGUUGCUAAACGUGGCGAGAGAUGGGUUCUCAAAUAUGUCAAGGGAUGUACCGGUGAAACCGAUGUGCCUGAUACUGUUCCCGAAUUCAUCUCCCAGCGUCGUCGAUGGCUCAACGGUGCCUUCUUUGCUGCCGUUUACUCGCUCGUCCACUUCAAGCAGAUUUGGUUCACAGACCAUACCUUUGCUCGCAAGAUCCUCUUGCACGUGGAGUUCUUGUACCAGUUCAUCCAGCUCUUCUUCACUUUCUUCUCCCUGGCCAACUUUUACCUCACCUUCUACUUCGUUGCAGGUGGUUUAACAGAUCCAAAAAUCGAUCCAUUCGGACAUAACAUCGCUACCAUCGUCUUCCACAUCUUGCGGUACUCUUGUGUACUCCUUAUAUCGACCCAGUUUAUCCUUUCUCUUGGUAAUCGACCUCAAGGAUCUAGGAAACUGUAUCUUGCCAGUAUGAUCAUCUACAGUAUCAUCAUGCUUUACACGACGUUCGCAACAUUCUACAUCAUUAUUCGCCAACUCACAUCCAAAGACGACGAGAUAGCGAUGGGCGAGAACGUAUUUACGAACAUGAUUGUUUCCAUUUUAUCAACGAUCGGCAUGUACUUCGUCAUGUCUAUCUUGUAUCUGGAUCCUUGGCAUAUGAUCACAUCUUCCGCACAGUACUUCAUCCUUCUUCCCAGCUAUAUUUGCACACUACAAGUAUACGCCUUCUGCAAUACUCACGAUGUCACUUGGGGUACCAAGGGUGACAACGUCAUGAAGACUGAUCUUGGUGGUGCUGUGGGUAAGGGUGAGACUGUCGAGCUGGAGAUGCCCAGCGAACAGCUCGAUAUCGACAGUGGAUACGAUGAAGCUCUGCGCAACCUCCGUGAUCGCCUUGAAGUCCCCGAGCCUCCCCCAAGCGACUCUCAGCUGCAAGAAGAUUACUACAAGAGUGUCCGAACCUAUCUCGUUCUCACAUGGAUGAUCGGUAACGGUAUCCUCGGUAUGGCUGUCUCUGAGAUCUACAGUGCCCGUGGUAUUGGCGACAACUACUACCUGCGCUUCCUUCUCUGGUCUGUCGCCGCCCUCGCCGUCUUCCGUGCCAUCGGCUCCACAACUUUUGCCAUCCUCAACGUGAUCAACAUGAUAGUCGAAGGCCGAGUCCGUCUGACUCUCAAGGCUCCUCGAUGGAUGGGUGGCUUGAAGGAGAGAGUCAACGACAAGAUGAGCAGUGUGGGGAGCAACCUACGCAGUUGA